AUGAAUCUGAUGGAUCAUCCUAAUAUUAUUCGCUUGCUUAAUGCUUUUACUCCACAGAAUUCGUUGGAAGAGUUUGACGAUUUAUAUUUGGUUAUGGAACUUAUGGAUGCUAGUCUUUGUCAAGUAACUGCUAUGGACCUUGAUCACAAACGUCUCUCGUUUCUUCUUUAUCAGAUGCUUUGUGGAAUAAAUUAUUUGCAUAAAGCGUCAAUUGUUCAUAGAGAUAUAAAACCUAGUAAUAUUGUGGUCAAUUAUCAAUGCCAAUUAAAGAUUUUUGAUUUUGGACUUGCUCGUAAUGUUGAGGAUGAAAAUAUUGUUGUUACGCGUUAUUAUAGAGCACCAGAAGUUAUUUUAGUUGAUGUAUGGGCUAUUGGAUGUAUUUUUGCUGAAUUGUUAACUAGAAAACCAGAAGUUCGAAAUUAUAUUUUGAAUCUUCCGUAUGUCGGUAAAUGUUUACAUUAUGUUUAA